AUGGAGGUCUUUAAUGUCCUGUAUAUCUGUAUGGAUACUUCAGGGAUCAUUUUAAACAUGGUGAUAUUGAUUUGCAAUUUUAGAGACUGGUGCAAAAGAAAAGCUCUCACAGUCUGCGACCAGAUCCUGUUCUCUAUGGCCUUCACCAGCAUAGCCAUGGAGUGUUCGCUCAAUGCUGAAGACCUUAUAUUUACCUUGAAACCCUGCGAUAUUUGGUGCAAAGAAGCAUAUUUAUAUGCUAAUAUGAAUUAUAUCAUUACUCUUUUCUUUGUUAAUGCAAGCUUUUGGCAAACUGCCUUACUUUCCACCUAUUAUUGUGUAAAACUGAGCAACGGCUCACAUUUUUCUUUCCAAUGGAUGAACCGGAUAAUAUCAUCUUCUACACUUUGGCUCUUGUUGGGAUCUGCAGCAUUUUGUUUUCUUAUUAACAUUAACUUUUUUUGGAGUAUUGACCUAAUCAGCCCUGGGAAUGUGACGGAACCAGCGGAAAUGAGGAACUAUAUCUGGAAUUUGAAUAUUUCUAAUUAUCUCUUUAGCAUAAUGUUCGGUUGCUGUUUGCCCUUCCUUGUCAAUUUCAUAUGUAUUGCACUCAGUGUAGGAUCUCUUCUAAAACAUGUGUGUCGGAUCAGGAAGAACAUAGUCCAGUCCGGCUCAUCUUCUCUGAUUGGAGGUCCUGUCCAGGCAAUUAGCACCAUGGUCCUUUGUGCGAUGCUGGACUUGGUUUACUGUGUGGAUUUUGUUGGUCAGGUUUUAUCUAAUUUUAACAAUGGAGAUGUUGUGGAUGCAUUUGCCUGGGUCGUUUUUAUGUUGUAUACUAAAAUCCGUCCCAUUGUUAUAAUAAUCGGAAACCCCCAGUUGAAGAGGCGGCUAGUUGGAAUGUGUUUUUCUUCUUGA